UCGGUGCAUAGAAAAGGUGAAACAAGUGUGAAUUGUAUAGAAAUAUGUAUCACAGCAAUAACACUAGCGGAUUUAGGCCCAGCAGAGUUAGAGCUGGUCCAACAACUUUUAUACGAGAUUUACCGUAUUCUGUUUUGGUAAAUGUUGCAAAGCAGCUUGAUCCAGAUGGGACUUCAACUACAUGGAGAGAUCUUGCCCUCAAUAUACCAAUCAGCUCAAUGAAUCCAAAUCCCAGAUUUACAAAUAAUGAUAUACAGCAUUUUGAAUUAUCUACACAACGUGGUAAAAGUGCAACUGAAGCUGUUCUUCAAGCUUGGGCAACCUCGAAUGUCACUGCACAGGAUCUUGUUAAUGUAUUCCAUAAAAUGCAUUUACCAAAGUUAGCCGAUAUAGUUCUACCACCGGAACCGCUUCAAAGAAGAUUUGAUCCCCCUUCGUACCGAGAAACAAUGGGGUUAGACGCAGAGCCAAGUAAAGCUCCUACACAUCAGUCUACAGGGUUUCAACAAACUGCUUCACACGUUAGCUCUACUCAAAGUAUGGGGAAACGAGAACCUAUUGAACAUGAUUCAAUGUCACUUCGACAACCUACUGAAAAUUGUACUACAGAUAUUUCAGAGCAUUUGUCAUUAGAGGAAUUAAGUUUAGACAAAAAUUUGCCUUCAUUUUCUUAUUCUGAUUUGAGUGAAUUAACAUCAAACUUCAAUGAAUCUUGUAAAUUAGGAGAAGGAGCUUUUGGAUCUGUAUUCAGUGGAAAUUUGCAUUUACCAAAGCAUAAGCCAAUCAAAUCUGAUGCAAGAAAAAUAGCCAUAAAAAGAUUAAAACUAGAUGCUCCAGAUCUAGCAGUUGCAGUUGCUGAACAAUUUAAAAAGGAGAUUCAUAUAAUAUCUGAAUUAGAGCAUGAAAAUAUUUUACCAUUGGUUGGAUAUUCGUGUGAUGGACCGGAACUCUGCUUAGUAUAUGAUUUUAUGUUCAAUGGAUCUCUCAGCUCAAAUCUGCAAGGUUGCAGGGAGGGAACGAAUCAAUUAUCUGUAGCACAAAGACUUCAAAUUGCAGAAGGAAGUGCUGCUGGAAUUGAAUAUUUGCAUAACAAGAAAUUAGUACACAGGGAUAUUAAAAGCUCAAAUAUUUUACUCGAUACUGAAACAAGGCCUCGUAUAAGUGAUUUUGGAUUGAUUCGAUCUGUUAUUUCUGCACCUGAAACGACAUCAACCGUGACCAAGAAUCCUAUAGGAACUCCAUUAUACAUGGCUCCUGAAGCUAUCCGAGGAGAGGUUUCAACUGCUAUGGAUGUGUACAGUUUUGGAAUUGUAAUACUUGAAUUACUGACGAGCAGAGCAGUAUAUGAUAGAGACAGAUCUCCACCAAGUCUACUUGAUUAUGUUAUGGAUAAAUGUGAUGAACAGCAAGAUGCAAUCAUGGAUUUAAUUGACAAUGAAGCAGGGCAUUGGAGAUACAGUGUUGUUAUGGAAAUUUAUGAACUCUCUUCCGAUUGUCUUAAUUACAGACGAAAAACACGACCUGCUAUGUCAAAGGUUCUCACGAAUAUACGAACAAUGAGAGAGAAGAUGCAUUAGCCUGUCUGACCCAGUGUGACAUGUACCACCAAGUACCCAUGUUGCAAAUGCAAGUAAUACGACGCGAUAGGAAAUUCUUACUAAUGGAAGAUGCUUAGCAAAAUAUUGUUGGAAUGAUCCUUCUUGGUUGAAGUUGAUUUUGGUGGAGUAUUAUAUGCUGAGGAGAAAUUAGUUUAAAAAGGUUCUCACUUGUGAGAACUGUCAUUGUCUUACGACGCUUUAUUUGCUACUUUUUUUAUAGAAAAGUCGCUUUUGGGCUUGCAUGGCAGAGAACUUGAAUGGUGCCAGUAGUCGUUUUGCUUGAGAAUGAUGAGAAUUUCCAAGCGAUGUCAAUUGAAAUACUUUCUUAUGGAAUUGUGCAGUCAUUUGCCUAGUAUGAGAUUAUUAUCAAUGUAUUACUUUUAUACUAUUUUAUUAUGUUCAUAUAUUCUUUCAGUCGGAUAUAUUGCAUUAAAAAACGUUAUAAUAACUUUUA